AUGGAUUUGGUACGACCGGUUAAACCGUUCGAUGCAAAAGUGGACCAGUCUCAGCUCGCUUCAGAGUGGAGAAGAUGGAAGCGUAGCUUGGAGUACUGUUUGGAAGCCCAAGGAGUAACAUCUCAGCGAGAGAAGCGAAAUCAGCUCCUCCAUUUAGGAGGACCGGAUCUUCAGGAUAUUUUCGACAGCCUUCCGGAAGUGAACAACGUACCCCAUGUUUCACCAGACCCCCCGUUCUACGAUGUAGCGAUUGAGCAACUGGACGCACAUUUUCAGCCAUCCCGAAGGCGCACCUACGAGCGUCACAUCUUUCGACAAAUCUCACAACAGCAAGGUGAAAGAUUCAACGAUUUUGUCAUGAAAUUGCGGGUACAGGCCAACCGAUGUGAUUUUGAUCAGGAAGGGACAUCGGUACUAGAGAGCAUGAUCAUUGAUCAAAUAGCAGAGAAAUGUAUUUCCUCAGCCUUACGGAAGAAAAUUUUGGAAAAAGACCGCCCACUCAGCGAGGUCGUGGCUAUUGGAAAAACCAUCGAAGAGGUCGAAAUACAGUGUAAGGAGUUGGUGCAGCUCAGCGAACGCUCAAAUCCCACGAUGGCUGUGAAUAAAGUUCAACAGUACAGACCCCGACCGCAAUCUUCAUUUCCGACGCAACCCGAAUGGUCCUAUCAAUCGUCGAAAGAGCGUGGAUAUCAGUUUCCCCGACCUCAACAGUAUACCUUCAGACGUGACCAGAGAUUCAACCCUAAGGGGAAUUGGCCUCCACAGCCAAAUACGCGUUUCCGACAGCCACCUUUUCAAAUGGACAACGACAACCGAUUGUGUUUUGCGUGUGGUCGCCGUGGGCAUGUCAAAGACAGCCCAAAGUGUGUGGCCAAAAAUGCCGAAUGUUUGCAAUGCAAACGGGUAGGCCAUUUUGCCAAAUGGUGCACUAAUAGACCGUACCAACGCUCGGACCUGGAAUCAAAUGAAACCUCUUCAACGCCACCUGUGAAAAGAAUCAAAAUGGUUCAGCAAAGCGAGGAUGUCAGCAAGCCAGAGGGAAGCGUAGACGAAAUUUGCUACAUCAUGGGUCAGAACGUUUUCCGAUUCACAGUCGGUGGGGUUGAAAUCCCUAUGGCAAUUGAUUCAGGGGCAGCAGCAAAUCUCAUCGACCCGGUCACAUGGGAACAUCUAAAAAAGGCGAAUGCAAAGAUCAACUUCCAAGCGAACGUGGAUCGCACUUUCAAAGCGUACGGCUCGGAGGAUCUCUUGGAGUUAACAGGGAUGUUUACGGCUGAAAUUGAAGCUGGAGGAAAUACAACCCAAGCUACGUUCUACAUUGCGAAAGACGGUCGUCAAUGUCUGCUGGGAGACGAUACCGCGAAAGAACUGAAGGUACUAAAAAUUGGCUACAACAUCGAUGCGGUCAGGGAACAGACAACUACAUUCCCCAAAAUUAAAGGCGUGAUUGUCGAAAUCCCAAUCAACAGCAACAUACCCCCAGUUCAACAACCUUACCGACGCGUCCCUUUCGCUUUGGAAGAUAAGAUCGCCCAAAAGCUAGGAAGUCUACUUGAUCAAGACAUCAUCGAGCGAGUACGGCAGCCGUCUGCGUGGGUUUCUCCAGUAGUACCAAUCUUAAAGGAUUCAGGAGAAAUUAGGCUGUGCGUGGACAUGAGGCGGGCAAAUCAAGCGGUUCUUCGGGAGACUCAUCCAUUGCCUCUCGUAGAGGAGCUGUUCGCAGGAAAUGAAGAAGCAGUCAACACCGAGGCGAGCACAGACCCGAGUUCGAAGGAUGACGGAUCGAUACAACCAACUGAAGGCUUUGCCGAGGUCCUGAGCGAAAACGUGGAACUACGACCACGCCGAGCGGUGAAGCGACCGGCGCGUUUUAAUGACUUCAAGAUCAAUCACAUUUGUUAA